AUGUCCAGGCAUCGCUUUGUGCGCAACAUGGACCUCGGCGCCGAGCUCGCCGAUGACCACCCGGAUGACUACGACGAUGAGGGUGGCUACUCUGGCGAAGGUGGCUACACCUCCGAUGAGCCCGACGACGGCAUGGACCCCGAGGAGCGUGCGCAGAUGGAGUCUACCUUCCCGCUCGUCAAGGAGAAGCUCAAGGACAUCAAGCCCCCAAUAACCGAGGCUGCAAUCAAGGACUCGCUCUGGCACUACUGGUUCGACGUGGACAAGGCGGCGUCCUGGCUCCGGAAAGACUGGGAAAAGAAAGGCGACCCGCCUGCAUUCCUCAUCCCCAGCCCCGACCAGCAACCACGGCCUCGACCAAGUGCCCGACGAGCACAAGAAAUCGUGGCUCCAAAGCUCGAACCUGUGACGGCGCUCCUCACGCCACUGCAGAGACUCAAGCUGCAGCGCGAGAAGCGCAACGCGGCCUCUGGGACCUCAAGCCCGUCGACUGCAUCUGCGCUACCAAGCGUCAAGCCCAGCACCACCGUUUCACCGGCGCCCACCCCACCUCUAGACGAGGCCCGACCGAAAUCGAAACUGGCGCUCCUAGCCCAGAAGCGGCGCGAGAAUGCUUCAAAGGAGUCGACAACGCCAUCGAGCACUUCCCCGGCGGCUUCAUCGACUGACCCAACCCCUCCACCUGCCGAUGCGCCCGCGAAGCCCAUAUCCAAACUGGCUCAGAAGAUGGCCGCAGCGCGUGCCGCCCGGGCAGUUGCCCCUAAGGCUACUGCGGAGGCUUCAGUCGGCGAGACGUCAGCGAUCGACUUCCCAUCAACUGCCGUGGCGGCCGAGCCUGCGGAUGAGGAGUGGGAAUUCCUGCCCAAAGCCAAGAUCGCACAGGCAAGAGCGACGCCGUCCGUCUUCUUCAGCCUCUUAACUACGCGCAAGCAGGCGGCUGUGAUUCCGGACCCUCCCUCGCUAGCCAAUAUGCACAUCGCCGUGCGUGGCGAUCGAGCUGCGGCGGAGAAGCGCGUGCGCGAGGCCUUCGGCCCGGGUGUUGAAAGUCCCGACGAUAUCGUUCUGCGUGCGCGUGCCGGCCGAGCUGGCGCUGGAGACGGCGAGGCGACGCAGACCAAGUCUGCCGUGCGCGCCACCAAGGUCGAGCAGCCUGCUCCCGAGCCUGUCUCUGAGGCUGCGGCGGCCAUGGCCAAGCCAAAGGAGGAGGACUUGCCGGGCCCCGAGCCUGCAGCGAAGGGCACCAAGCCGUCCACAAAGCAUUCGAAACCUCCCAAGGCGUCCGAGAAGCCACCAGUGGCGAGGGGCAGCAGGAGUCAGCCAAAGGCGGCACCCAAGCCCAAGGCAGAGGCAAAGCCCAAGGCAGACCCAACGCCUAGGGUUCCGAUUGCCAAGGCUGCCGUGCCUCCAGCCGCCCGCUCCAAGUCGCUUCCUGCCAAGCAGCGUGUUAUGUCCUCGGGCCCUGGGACGCCGAGCCGUUCCACAUCGAAUGCUCCUUCCAGCCGCGCACCCAGCUCCAAGGCGAGCUCCAAGCCCGGGUCUAACGUCAGCACGCCGCGCAGGGGCACGGGUACGCCGCUCUCGCUCGCUGCAUCGGACUUGGCAGAGCUUGGACUGGAGGAUAGUGUUGACGAGGAGUUCUUACGCCGUGAGGCAGAGAAGUAUCGCGAGGUGCCGGUGCCUACACUCAAGCAGGAAGAAUUGGUCGCCAAGGUCAAGGAGGAUGAGGAGAAGACUGGCAAAAAGAACAUUUCGCUCGUCGUUGUUGGCCACGUCGAUGCCGGCAAGUCGACCCUCAUGGGACGGCUGCUGUACGACCUUGGAGAGAUGAGCGAGAAGGAGAAGACGGCGAACGAGCGCGGUUCUCUGCGCGUGGGCAAGAGCAGCUUUGCGUUCGCGUGGGGUCUCGACGCGCUUGGCGACGAGCGCGACCGCGGCGUGACCAUCGACAUUGCGACGGAGCACUUUGAAACCCCGCACCGUAACGUGACGCUGCUCGACGCCCCGGGACACAGGGACUUUAUCCCCGCCAUGAUCAGUGGUGCGGCGCAGGCCGACGUUGCGUUGCUUGUGAUCGACGCGAGCCCGAACGCGUUCGAGGCUGGGUUUGAGCGUGGUGGCCAGACGCGCGAACAUGCGUGGCUGGUCCGCUCGCUCGGUGUCAAGGAAAUCAUUGUGGGCGUGAACAAGAUGGACGUUGUCGACUGGGACCAGUACCGGUACGAGGACAUUGUGGCUGGCCUCAAGCCGUUCCUCGCGGCCGCAGGCUUUGCGGGCGCGCGCACUACCUUCCUCCCUCUGGCUGCGAUGAAGGGUACCAACAUCCUCAACGACACGCUCCCCGAGGACGCGGACUGGUACAAGGGUCCAUCGCUGAUGGCGGCGCUGGAUCGCGUCGCCGUUCCCGAGCGGCCGUAUUCUGUGCCCCUCCGCAUCCCCAUCUCGAACGUGUUCAAGGGUCAGACGGCGAUCGCGUCCGGCGUCGCAUGUCAAGGCCGCCUCGCCUCGGGUGUCGUGCAAGUUGGCGACCAAGUGCGGGUAGUUCCCGGAGACGUGGUAGCGAGUAUCCGCACAAUCGAGGUAGACGACGACAGUGCUCCUUUCGCGGUCGCAGGCCAAAACGUAACUCUCUAUCUGGCCGGCGUGGACGCGAACCAGUUAAGCAUCGGCGCGGUCCUCUGUCCCGUCUCGUACCCGAUUCGUAUGGUGAGCCGGUUCCAGUCCCAGAUCCUCGUAUUCGACGUAACGACCCCCAUUAUCAUGGGCACGGCCGUCGAGCUAUUCCACCAUUCCGUCAACGUGCCGGCCAACAUCACCCGUCUCAUUGCGACCACGGAUAGGACUGGCAACGUGAUCAAGAACAAUCCACGUGUCCUGCAGAAGGGCACGACGGCUGUUGUGGAACUCACUCUGCGUGCGCCGACGGGGAGUACUCGGCCGGCUAUUAUUCCACUCGAGACGGCCAAGGAGAAUAAGGAGAUGGGGAGGGUGUUGCUCCGUCGCGGGGGGGAGACUAUUGCCGCUGGCGUGGUGACCGAGCUGCUCUGA